AUGGCGAAAGUCAUCUUCUCGCCAUGGAAGGACCAGACGCAAUUAAUUGCUGUGCGCAAUCAGUUCUACCCUGCUCCGUCUUACGAGGGGCCGGACAUGCGGUCCAAGGCCUGCGCCACGGUUGAAUCGUGGAAGCUGCGCGGGAACCUGCCCCAUCCAAUCGAAUCCACGGCUCUAUUGACCGACGCCAUUCUGCAUGAUGAUUCUUUCAAAAACUCAAUCUUCUCCAUCCGUGCCACCUACUCUGCUGCCUUUUGUCGAUUCGUGACCGGCUUGGUCGACUCGAAACUCCACGGUCAGCGGAAAACCAUGUUCCAGAGAGCCGUGGAUCUUGGGCUACCGGCCUCAUUCGUGGAGCUGCGACAUGAGGCCACGCAUCGUGAAUUGCCGUCGCUCAUUGUGCUGCGAAAUGCUGCCCAGCGGUCCCUGGAGUGGCUUUGGGAUUACUACUGGGCCAAGACGGACGUGACUACUGCUUUGGGACCCAUGCCCGAUGUCGCGAAUGGCGCGGGAGGCGAGGACUUGGAUCCUGUCUAUGCUGCUGUCCGGACGAGUCUCGAUCCGCUACUGAGGGACGAGGAAUCGUCCGAGCCGCCGCAAAAGAAGAGGAAGGUCCAGCAGCGUUUGUCGUCGGUCGCGACGCAGCUGGUUGCGAUAUGCAAGGACUCUGAGCAGGGCGCGGUGGUACUUUCGAAUGCUUUACUGGAGGAGUCGGUUUUGGUGCCUGCUGGGGACAUGGUCGGGGAUUCUUUGGCCGACGCUUUUACAAAGUGGGAUCGCUUCCUGCAGACCAUCACGGAAGAGUAUCCGGCGUUCUUGACGGCGCUGACGGAAGAAAUGAUCAAUAUUAUCGCGUUCACGGACGUCUCGGGGGCCAAGGAGAAUGGCCGUUGCAAAGGGAUCUAUAUGUGGCUGGACCACAUUUUGAGGUCGACGGGAUGGGUGUCCCAGAGACGGCUACUUUCGUUUGUUUAUAUCUCGGCUGUCUGCCAGGGGAAUACAAACCAGUGGACGACACUAUUGAAGAAGCAGAUACCCAAGGGGAUUAAUGAGGUGCCGCAAAUAUCAAAGAGUCAACUGCCCUCCGGCACGAAAGAACCAGUGGCAAGCGCAGCGGGGACGAACGAUGAUUUGAAUGAAUUGAAGAAAUUCGGAUGGGAAAUGGCAGAUGCGUGGAGUAGUCGACCGUUAGGGAUGCGCGCGCCACAAGUCACCGACGAGUGGCUGACCCCCAAAGCCCACCAGCCUAUGAGCUUCAGAAACAAAUUCCGUCUCGCUUCUACGCAUCUACCUCGAAAAGCCGCCAGAGCCAUGCAUAUUCAAUCGAUUCCGAUGUGGACCGGGAAGGGCAAUAACUAUGCCUACCUGGUGACUGACGAGCCGACGAGGCAGUCUGUGAUUAUUGACCCGGCAAACCCGCCUGAGGUCAUCCCGGAGCUGGAGAAGCAGCUUCAGGCCGGUAAGAUCGAUCUCACGGCCAUCGUCAACACUCACCACCACUGGGACCAUGCUGGCGGUAACAACGAACUGCUCGACAAAUUCGGCAAACUGCCUGUCAUCGGAGGAAAGAACUGUCAGUCUGUCACCCAGACCCCGGCGCAUGGCGAAUCAUUCAAGAUCGGUGAGCGCAUCGCCGUGAAGGCAUUGCAUACACCGUGCCACACGCAAGAUAGCAUCUGCUAUUUCAUGCAGGAUGGGGAGCAGAAGGUGGUUUUUACGGGUGAUACGCUGUUUAUUGGAGGAUGCGGCCGGUUCUUCGAAGGCACGGCCCCGGAAAUGCACAAGGCUUUGAACGAGACACUCGCGGCUUUGCCUGAUGAUACGAAGGUCUAUCCCGGCCACGAAUAUACCAAAGGCAAUGUGAAGUUCUGCAUUGCCGUGUCGCAAUCCGAACCGAUCAAGAAGCUGCAGGCGUUCGCGGACCAGAACCAAGAAACGCAGGGUAAAUUCACGAUUGGUGAUGAGAAGCUCCACAACGUGUUUAUGAGGGUAAAUGACCCCGAGAUUCAGAAGAAGACCGGAAAGACAGAUCCCGUGGAGGUUAUGGCUGCGUUGCGGGAGAUGAAGAAUGCUAUUCACCCAUCUACUCAAUCUCAAGCCACAAUGUCCCAGUCCAAGCCUGAGUCCACAUCCACCGAUCCCAACAACGUGCCGGGAGACCCGCUAUCCACCAAAAGCCAUGUCCUCGAGACAGGAGCCAGCAUGGCGCAGGACUUCACUCCCGUCAAGCAGAUCUGUGCACAUCUAAACGCGUUCCAUGUCUACGCAGAUGACCCCACUCGGUGCGUUGAGGCGAAUCAUUACUGUGCGCAUGUCUCGGAAGACAUCCGCCAAUGCCUCCUCUACUCCUCAACCGCCGCCAACGCCAAGCUCCUGGGCAUCGAAUACAUGAUCUCACCGCGUCUCUACAAGACGCUGCCCCCCGAAGAGCGCGCCCUCUGGCACACGCACGAGUACGAAGUCAAGAGCGGGAUGCUGAUCAUGCCCCUACCGCGCACGACGCCGGUGCCGUCCGCGGCGUGGAACGCGGCCGAGACGUCGGAAAUGAGGGACGUGGCGCCGCUGUAUGGCAAGACGUAUCACUUCUGGCAGGUCGAUCGGGGGGAUGCGGUGCCGAUGGGGGCGCCGUCAUUGAUGGGGAGUUUUGUGUCGGAUGAGAUGGUUAAGAAGGCUUGUGGGGAGAGAGGGAUGGAGAAGUUGUGUGAAGAGAGGGAUGAGAGGUUUGGAGUGGAUUUUCGGGAGAAAAGGGAUUUGAGGAGGGGGAUUGAGGGGGUGGAGAGGCAUCCUGCUAGCGGAACAUUCAUGGAACGACUUUUCCGAGCCGGCCUUCGAAAGGCCACCCCCGGCGCCGUCUUCCGCCUUACCCUUGACGGCCUGGGUCUCUUCUGCGCCUGCACGUUGGUCUGGGAGCAUUUGAUCACCGUGCAGCUCAGCGAGGGCCCCUCGAUGUACCCGACAUUCAGUCCGCGGGGCGACUACCUGUUGAUCUCGCGAGUGCACAAGCACGGCAAAGGCAUUGAGGUGGGCGAUGUGGUGCGAUUCUACCAUCCGACGUUUCUGGGGGUCAAUGGCGCCAAGAGGGUCAUUGGGAUGCCGGGGGAUUUUGUCUGCCGUGACCUGCCGUUCAGUACGGAGGUUGGGAAGGGGCAGGAGAUGAUUCAGGUGCCCGAAGGUCAUGUGUACGUGGGUGGUGAUAAUCUGCCCUGGUCGAGGGACUCGAGAAACUACGGGCCUAUCCCGAUGGGCCUGAUUAACGGGAAGAUUAUCGGUCGCGUCUGGCCGCCUUCGAAGAUGCAAUGGGUGCGCAACACGAUGCAGCCGGCCCAGCUGUCCGAGGAAUGA